AGAAAAACCACAUUCAUCGACAGCACUCAAUUCCUCUAGAUUACCCAUAAACUGAAACGGAUUCCCGAUAAGUGCUAUUGAUUUCAUCUGUCAAAUCUUAUCGCUACAAAGAAUGUAAAUAUAAACAUACACACAUACACUGUUAAACGUCAUACAAUCCGGCGGGUAGACUAUGAAAAGAAAAAUAAGAAGAAAAACAUCUGACAUUUGUAUUUGCUAUUAACCUAACAUUUCAACAAUCAAUCCAGUUUCAAGUGUACGCAAAAACAAAUUUCGUUGAUUUUUUGCGGCUCGAAAAGAAAGAGAGAGAGAGAAAAAGUUGAUUGUUUGAGAAUGUCAGACCCAAAUGCAUAUGGGCCAAACACGGCCUAUGGACAAUAUCCUCAACAACAUGGCCAACUACAACAAGGUCAGCAAUCGGUCGAUCCAAGAAAAGAAUUUCUGAACUACCGUUUUUCAGCCGAAGAGCUUCGAGUAAUUGCUGAAUGUGAAAGGGAAUCAUUUUACUCUCGCAGUCUACCAUUUAGUAUUGGCUUGGGAACGGCUGCAUUUUUGGGUGUUAAGAAUGGCUAUUUAAAACCAAAUAUGAGGUUUGGUCCAUGGCCAAAGGUGAUAGCGUUAGGUUUUUUCGGAUAUAUCGCGGGCAGAAUCAGUUAUAUGAAGAAAUGCCAAGAGAAAAUGAUGGCAAUACCAAAUUCACGGUUUGCCGAAAUGCUGCGUCGUCGCAAAGGCGGCAGCAAUUGGGAUUUGGGCCCACAAGAUGCUGGAGUAGCAACAGCACUAUCGUUGGCACCGUUUCAAUCAGCAACGGAUUCCUAUUCGGAUGAAUAUGGCCAACCAAACUCCCUAAAUUUAGACACAAGCCGACCAAAUUACUCGGGCCUUGAUGAUCUUUACCAUCCAACGAUGGAAGGGAAAAAUGAUUUAAAUGAAGAAUUAGCGAUUCCAACACGCAAAAAUACAGUUACUUAUGAUGAACUACGUCAGAAGAAUCGAGACGAAUAUGCGAAGAGCCAUCAGGCACCACAGCAUCAAGCACCACCACCACAAGCAUAUUACAAUCAAGGCAAUGCACCACCGCCACCGGCAGCUAGUAUUAGUCCACCGGCUGGAUCAUAUAGUCCAACACUUGAUAGUGAUCGGCGACGCAAUUUCCGAGCUAGAGCCGAUGAUGAUGGUGGCAAUUCCGGGCCAAAGAACAAAUAUGGUGAUGCUUGGUCGGAGUAAAAAUGAGAACGCUGUAGCUACAAAUAGAUCUAUUGUCAACCGAUUGCAUGAACAGAUUUCAAAUCAAACAAAAUUGGUGUACAAUU